CUGCUUGAUAGUUGUCACCACGACACCUUUGUUGUAGUUGUUGAAGGGUACUAGGUGGAGCAUUGAUUCGUAAAAACUUCAUCUCCAUCUUCUGGUCGUGGUCGUACUGCAUGGCUUCAGUUUUAUUUCCGAAAGCGAAAUCAAAACUGACGCUGACCUGAAGUAAAAACUAGAAAAUCAAAAUGGCAUCAAACCUCCUCGCCAGCAUUGCAUCUGCCUUCAGCCCGGUGAAGAAUGAGGCGAGUGUGAAGGACCAGCUUCAGAAAGGUCAUGUGGGCCUCAGCGACAAGCUUGACGACGACAAUACACCGCGGCUUCCCCAACGACCCAUCUACAACUUCGAAGUGGGUGACACCGUGGAGGUUUACUACAACACCCACCUCCUCGACGACGGCACGUUUCGGAAGGUAAAGCUUCCCCACAGCUCCACCCGCCACGCCAAAUGGAACAGUGCAUCCUGCUCAAAAAUGAACGCAGGCACUUUCACUUUCGGGCUGACGCAGGGGUGGGUGUUGGGGACUGUGGUGAAGAAGCAUCAGAAUUACGGCGAGCAAGCAGAUUUUCUUCGCGACGACCGUCAGAGUAGCACGACAGCGGAAACAAAUUUCAUCGAGAAUGACGACAUCAAUAUCGUGUCUUAUUUCUCCUUCACGGUAAAACUGGUUGGGGAUUACAAGGAGCCCAUGACAAACGAAUUCGUGGGGGCCUACAGUCCGAUCGAGCAAAACUUGGAAUACAUCGUGACCGAUUUGGAUUUGAUCCGGCCGGUUGAGACUGGAGAGAUUGAUGCUGGUCCUCGCGAUUUUAGCAAGGCAAAGAAAAAAGCUGUUGACAGCACUAGCACACCACAAGAAGUACAAGUAGAAGAUAGCCGCAAGUCGACCAGCACUGCCACCGUCUCCGUGCUCAUGGUGCGUUGGUACGACUACCACACCAAUCAGAAGAGAUCCGACUACAACAUAACUUCCGAGUUUGCGAUCAAGUCCCUGAUAGAGGACUCUGGGUUGGUGGAGUUGUUUGGGACGCAGUUGGAGGUCUGGAGUUUGUUUGUGCGGAAUGGGGAAGAAUUGUUGCAAUUUUACGAUCAGUAUCAAAUGCAAAAGCAUCGUACUAGUACUAGUAACUGCAAUACAAAUUAGAUCAGCAUGACGAAUGGAGUUUCUAAUGCUGUUUGAGCUUAGGCAUGAGAUUUGUCAUGCAUAUCUGCGAUUAGUACGAAUGCGAUUUUUUUGCACAGGAUAAGCAGUACUGCAAUCCGGCGAGUAAGUGGAAGUACCGCGACUGGGCGAGUGGUAGUGGAGCAAUGCUGUCUUCGGGAGCUGGUGCGACGUCGGCUCCCUUGUAUUCCCUGAAACAGUACGCAAACAGCAGACGAGGCGGGGGCGGCUCAUCUACAGCAACGCGGCCGUUGUCCAACAUGCUAAAAGUAAAAGCUACAAUGACGCAACAAGCAGACCAGCUCUCUCUGCAGCACAUUAUGCAGAAGGCGACGAAAAGAUACGGGAUGUACUUCCUGUGGCCCUGCGAAAAAACCGAGAAAACGGAUGGCAUGAUCGAGCAGACGGUCUUUUUCGAUUUCGUGGAGAAGAUUGAGGCCAUGGGGAUUCCGACGCGGUGGCCUUGUCCGGCGCGACUGUAUAGGAAGCUGUGCGGAAAGGAGUAUUUAGAGGGGAUAGUCUCUUACGGACCGAGUGAAUAUACUGCGGUGGAGGCGCCGUCCAACUGCUCUCGUGUGUCAACAACAUCUGCCAAGAACACAACUGCGCCAACAACAAGUAGAAACGGACCGACGACCGGGCACCAGCUGCAUCCGCCCACGACCUUUUUGCAGAACAAAAUCCUCCAAGUGCCCGCAACGACCCGGGUUUUCUUCUGCGACGUGUUCCAGAACCCAAGACUGGCUGCGAAAAACGCAAUCAGAGCCUUGGAGCAGAUUAAGGAGUGUCGGUUGAUGGAAGCAGCGAGGGCGACCGCCAGUGCCAGCACCUACAAUCGCGGCACAUCGUGUUGGUCACCUUGUUCAUCGCCUUCGCCUCGCAACAAGAUUCCUUCAACGGAAAAUCAUUCCGCUCUCGAGCAGCUCGACGGCCAACACACGACACAAGCACGGACAAAUAACAAAACAAAGGUCAUUUCUGGCGUGGUAAAACUUCCCUUUUCCUGGUGCGGUCAGGACGUCCUGAAGUGGGACAACGAAGAGGACCUGGUUUCGAAACUGCAGGAAAUUUUCGGGAAACAAAACGACUACGGCUACGGGUACAACUACGAUGGGUACUACAGCACCGGAGGAAAAAAUAACGGGAGCUACCAUGCAACGGUUGACGACUUCGACACCAGAACCUCUUGUCUCGUCCAGGAGUUUAUCCCGGAUCGGAUUGGAGAGGUGCGCGUCAUCGCGUUCAAUACCGGGACAACGGACCCACAAACCGGGGAAAGCAUCUACGACCUACGGACGCGGUACAUGCCGAUUACUCGGGAGACCAGCCAGAGUUCCUUUGAGAUGACGGACAGCAACAGUUUUACCAAGGAGGAGGCGUUAGAGGAAAUGUUCUGCAAUAAUGCUAAGCUUUGCGAAAAAAUUGACCACGACGCAAAAAUCCUCGCCGGCUGGUUUUUGAAGUAUUGGUAUCCCGCACACUGGAACUCGAGGUCUUGCCCUGCGAAAGCGAGGUUCGAUUUUUUGAUUUCCUGUCCGCGCAGCGUUCUGCUCUCAUCGUCAUCCACCCAGGAGCAGCUGCUAAACAGCACCGCAAGAGGCCGCAGAAGCGUCCUCUCGGGUAUUUCCACCAGCUCCACCACCGCAGAUUCAGGCGGAGCUCAGCCGCUUGUCAGCCCGGCGCUGAGUAGUGCAUCAGCAGUUAGUGUUAGUCCGGCUCUUAGUCCCGCUGGGGUGAGUAGCUUGACUGACGAGCUUGGAGGCGAGGAGGGCGGAACGAACAAUCACGCUACGAGUGGUCAAUCCAGUUCCGAUGAGGAACAUCAACCAGAUGAGCACCACGAGCAGCAAGCAGCUGCCCUGGAGGUGGGGGUCGACGAGGUAAGCACAGACACCACCCACUUAGACGACCACGUCGUCCAGCACCAGCCAAAGUGCCAGCUGUUUCUUUGCGAACUUUCAGAAUUAGGUGUGAGUUUGAACGGGCUGCCGAUACAGGCGAGAAAUACUGCGGUCGCGAACAGUCUACUGGAAGAGUCCGACGCAGAUGAACAAGGCGAAGUAGAUGACCUUGAAAAGGACAAUGCUCAUGCCGAAACGUGUGUUGAUGGGGCACAGAACAGGUAUAGGAGAACGCGUAGCGGUUUCAAACCGCUACCAUGGCGGUGGAAAUUAGAUGAACCGUUGGAAAUGGAGACUGACGACUGGGGAAAUCGGUGGUAUAAGUGGUGAAGAAACUGUAAAGAAAUAACUUCACUAGCAUGCAGGUAUAAGCACGUCGAAAUUUGGUCAUAAAGAUCACACGAUCAUCAGUUUUCCAAGAAAGCGACUGAGAGAAGAGCUGCGGUUACGAAGGGUUCACUUUGGGACUUUUUCAACACAGAGUUUUUCAAUAGCGUUAGCGACCGAAUC